AUGAAGAAGUUCAUCUUGAUAACAGCUUUACUUCUCUGCAGCCUCAGCUGGAUCUCUGUCUCAGGUUCUGAGUCUCAGACUGUGGAGGUUCAGCCUGGUGAAGACGUCACACUGAUGUGCUCCAACUUUACUGGUACUGUCGCUUACACAUUCUGGUACAGACUGACCGACAGAUCCAACAUCAGCUGUAUCUCCUCUAUGACGACCGCUGACAGUAAUGCUUUUUUCUACGAUGGAUUUCGAAAUGGCAAAUUUAACAUGACGUCCAACAUCACUACCCUCUUUCUCACGAUUCAACAAGUGGAUUUAUCUGACUCUGGACUGUACAUCUGUGGAUUAUACAUAGAUAGAAAGCCAGUUAUUGACAGUGCAACAUAUUUAAAGGUUCAAGAAAAUCCUCAUGGAAAUACAAGCCUGAGUGUGAUCCUGGGCGCUGUGACUGUUUUCCUCAUCAUCGUUGUCUCUGCUGUGGCUGUCAAAAUCAGCAAAUGUCAGACAGCUGAUAAUGAACAGAAUCCACAACAGAGUGAGAAUUUUUGCUCUGAUGACCUGAAAGAUGCAGCACUGACUUCAUGUCCAACAGCAAUAAGAAACAGGAAGCCUGCAUCGGAGAGGGAAGUGGAAACACGUGUUGUUUAUACUGCCCGCAGAUAGACGCAAGGACCUCAUUAAGUUCACAACAUUGUGUCAAG